CCCUACUCCUAUCUUCCUUACCCCUUCCGGCCUGCCCUUGCGCCCAGCCCGGGCCUUUCCUUUCUGACAGCUCUAGUCUCGCGCGCUGGCUGGAUGCGAGUCCGAGAGCCUCCCCAAACGCUGAGGAGGGAAUGUGGCGCGCGCGGGAAGGGGCCGGCCGCAGCAUCAGGGCCGGUGCUGUCGGCCGCCUCCCUUUCCCCAGGCUCCGGAGCUGAGGCCCGAAACCAGAGAGCUGGGCGGCGCGGCUCCCUGGCCCCGGGCAUGGAGGCCCCGGAGGCGGCACCCGCUCAGGCUGAGGGCGCGGAGCCGGCGCCCUGGGCGCACCUAGAGGCCCCCGCCCGCCUCUUGCUGCAGGCGCUGCAGGCGGGGCCCGAUGGGGCGCGACGCGGCUUGGGGGUGCUGCGGGCUCUGAGCGGCCGCGGCGGGGAGCCCUUCGGCUGGGACCGCGUCUUCGAGGCGCUGUGCCGGGAGGAGCCAGUCGUGGAGGGCCCGGACUGUCGCCUGGAGCUGAAACCACUGCUGCUGCGCUUGCCCCCAUUAUGCCAAAGAAACCUGAUGUCCCUACUGAUGGCUGUUUGGCCGUCACUGCCUGAAAGCAGUCUCCUCCCUGUGCUGCAGAUUGUGCAGCAGGAUUCAAGCCCCGACCCUGAUCCCUGGCUCCGGGCCCUUGGGGAAUUUCUGCGAAGGGAUCUUGGUGUUGGGGUCUCCAUUGAGGGAGCAUCCCCACUGUCUAAAAGGUGCCAGAGACAGCUCCGAGGCCUGUGUGGGCAGCUGGGCCAAGGGGGCAGGAAGUUGAAGUUGCCCCAGGCUCCAGAUCCUGAAGGGAAAGAAGAGCAGGAGGAGCACAAGGACUCCCAGCGGCCUGGGAAACGCAGAAAGGAACCGGAGGAAGAGCCUGCCAGUCCUGAGGGGGAGAGGGCCCCCAAAAGGCUCCGGUGUUUGGAAAAGGAAGAAGAAAGCCAUGAAGAAAACAGACCUGAACAUGAAUCUUUGGAAUUCCUGGCCAAUGGAGGGGGUGCUUCAUCCAUUGAGAACCAGCCUGUUUUGGGGGCGAAGCCCAGUGAGGCUGGUCAGAGUCUAGAGGAUGCUAAGGGCCUACCUGAGAGUUUGGAGUUGCCCAGAGCUAUCCAGGAACAAGUUCCCAGGCUGCAGCAGCUGCUCAAGACCCUCGGGAAGGGGUUGGAAGGGCUGGAGGGCACCCCACCAGUUGAGCUGCAGCUUCUCCACGAAUGCAGUCCUGGCCAGGUGGACCUGGUGUGUGCCCAGCUGCAGCUCCCGCAGCUCUCGGACACGGGUCUCCUGCAGCUCUGCACCUGGCUGCUGGCCCUUUCACCAGACCUCAGCCUCAGCAAUGCUACUGUGCUGACCAGGAGCCUCUUCCUUGGACGGAUUCUCUCCCUGACUUCCUCAGCCUCCCGCUUGCUCACAACUGCCCUGACCUCCUUCUGUACUAAGUACACCUACGCCGUCUGCAGAGCCCUCCUUGGCCCUGUGCUCCAAGCCCCAGGAACAGGUCCAGCUCAAACAGAGUUACUGUGUUGCCUUACAAAGGACGAGGCCCUGGAGCCGGACAUGCAGGCUCUAAUGCUGGGACAGAUCCUGGAGCUGCCGUGGAAGGAAGAGACUUUCUUGGUGUUGCAGUCACUCCUGGAGCGGCAGGUGAGCAGGCUGCCUUGGGGAAGAGUGGACAAAGAAGCGCUGCAGUGCUGUGGCUGGGUGGAGAUGCCCUCUGAGAAGUUCAGUGUGUUGAUGGAGAAACUCUGUAAAGAGGGGCCAGGAGCCACCACGUCCAUGGCCUAUGCCAAGCUCAUGCUGACAGUGAUAACGAAGUAUCAGGCCAAUAUCAGUGAGCCCCAGAGGCUGGGCCUGGCUGCAGCUCUGGAGCUCAAUACCACUUUCCUGAGGAAGUCUCUGCAGGCUGCCUUGAGACAUCUGGCCCCCUGACCAUCCACCAAGGGACCACCCUCCCAGACCUCCCUCAUCAGAUUACCGAAGGACACUUCUGCCCUGAGCACCUCACCCUGCCCCUUGCCUGGGGGUCAGGGCUGAGCCUGGCCAUCCCAGAGGUCAAAUGCCUCCCUGCUCCAGGCUGCAGAGAGGCCAUUUGGGCCUCCCAGCUAGCAGGAAGGGUCUGGGGCUAAGGGGGCUGGGUGAGUUGUAUUACCAAGACCUGCUGAGCCUGGGCUGCCUUCUUGUCAUUUCUACCUCAGGCUGUGGGGACAGACACUUUAAGAUAGGCAUCAGACUUCCUUGAUGGUCCAGCGGUUAAGACUCC